GUCAGGGCCAGUGAACAGUGCUGAGGAGAACUCCCUCAAUGUUCCAGGCUCAGCUGACUCCUGUGGUCCCAAAGACCUUUCCCUGAGACCAUCCGUUUCCAGAUCAGCUUCUCAAAGACCGCUAAACACUUUUAAGCCCAUACCUCCUAUUCAGAGCAUCCCUACCCUCCCAGAGGUAGCAGAUGAAAGAGAGCAUCGGGUGCUGGAAAAUGGCAUGGGCCCCUUGGAAACUGGAGGGGAUCAUCUGAAAUCAGAAGCAGCCCCUCAACAGGUUGCUGGGCCUCCUGAAGCCUUACCGCCUUUAAAUACCCACCCUCUCAGUCGGGGGCUGUUCGAGGAAGGUGGCCAGCUCUCCAGUUCUCACCUUUUAAAAGAAGAUGAGUGGAAGGAACGUAAUGAAAGGGUUCAUGUGACCAUAUCCAAAUCUGCUCAGGAGAAAAUGCGUCAGAAGCAGCUAAGAGAGAUAGAACUUUUGCGGAAAGAAAAAGAAAAGGAGAGAGAAAAAGAAAAAUCUAUGAAGCCUCAAGACCAGCUACGGAGAACUACUCAGGAAGCUUCUGGGUCACUUAACAGCAUUGAGGCCACCAUCCCUGUUACAUUCAGCCAGACCAAUUCAUCUGGAGCUCCUGUUGGAAAAGCCUUAAAGAAAAGGGUGAACAAACCCCUUCUGCCUAGCAUCAACCAUGGCAGUAGUUUCCUGAAACAUGCUUCAGGUGAGGCAUGAAACUCUCAUGCUCGGAAUUCUCCAGAAUGGGAAGACGACUUUGUAAAAAGAGAAGUCUCAGAAGUCCGUCCCUUGUCUCAUCCAGAUCAGGGGCUGGUUGCUGCUUUGAAGUGGCUCAACAGUAAUGACUGGGAGCUGAAGGAGAAAGGACUCUUCAUCAUCAGAUGCCUGGCAAACUGUCAUUCAGAAAUUCUUCUGUGUAGGCUUCAUGAUGUUUCCCUGGCAGUUACGAAAGAGGUUAGUAACCUCCGGUCAAAAGUGUCUCAGUUUGCUAUCGGGAGCAUCACUGAACUCUUCAAGACCUUGAAGAAGCACAUGGAUCAUGAGGUUGAAGAGAUUGUUCAAGUCCUUCUCCAGAAGAUGGGGGAUUCUAGUGAAUUCAUCCAGAAAGCGGCUAACCAAUCCUUAGGAGUCAUAGCACAAAGUGUGACUCCUUCACGAGCAUUUGCAGCUCUCAUGGCCAAUGGAGUGAACCAUCGCAAUGCCCUUAUUCGAAAAUGUGCUGCUGAACACUUAUUCACCGUUAUGGAACAGAUCGGGGCUAAGAAGCUGCUUUCAGGCAGCCGAGGGAGUGUGGAUACACUGGUGCAGACCCUGGUCAAACUGGCUCAGGACUGCAAUCAAGACACAAGGUUUUAUGGCCGGAAGAUGCUGAACGUACUUAUGUCCCAUUCAAAAUUUAAUGGGUACUUGAAGCAGUGUCCACCAUCACAUGACUUGAGUUAUGUCAUGGCCACAAUUAAGCAGAAAAGGACAGAAGACCAGUCAUCCCAAGCACCUUCAGCCAAAAAUCAGAGAGGGUCAAAAAGCAGUAGUUUGACCCUGGACAACAUGCCUUCAGAUGACGGGUCUGUCUCCAGCGCCCUAACCCUGCCACAACCCAUGGCUCGCCGCUCAUCCCUUUGCAGUGUGGAAGUAAUGGAACAACUCAAAGAGCUGAGUAAGAUGCUGGUGGCCAAGGAAUUUCAGAUAUGAAUGGAAGGCAUAACAUUGCUGAUGGAGUAUUGUAAGAAAACCCCCCAGCUUGUCUUGUCAAACAUCAUCCAGGUAUGGAGAAUAUUUUCAUGCCAUCCCAGUAGCUUUAACACAGGUUACCCAUUCAAAACUAUUGCCUCCAUGAUCCCAAUCCUUAAAGAUGGUUUAAGAGUCAUGGUCUCUGUAGCGAUUAUAGUCACUGACAACCUAAACUCAAAGAAUUCUGGGAUUUACAGUGCAGCAGUGAAGGUGCUGGACCAAAUGAUCAUUAGUCUAGAUAAAGCUCUGCUGCUUCAAACACUUGCCAGGAGAGUGUGUUUAAUCAGUGGGUAAGCUCUGCAGGAUAUCACAGACCGCCGCUUCGUCUACGGCUAUGUCCUCCGCUACCGACACAUCGGCCCCGAAACAAUCGACGUCGAGGGCCAAAUCCAUUUCCGAUACCGAGAGAUCGAAAUCGAAAUCUAA